AUGAAGACGAGUCUCUGGGUUUUGACAACCACGCUGCUACUGCUGCUUGGGCUUUUCCAGAGCCACCCACCAGAACCAGGGCGCAGCAUCGAGACGACACUCGACCGUCGCCAGAUGGGCGACUUUGAUACCGAAUCUCCGACACAUGUGUACCGCGGCGAGAUCGGGAGGACCCCAGAGGACGUCGAAAAGGACGGCGGCUUUUACUCACGAGGCCUGCAAAAGAGUCACAAUCACAUGGAAGCAGCCUUCCAGAAGAAUGUAAAAUUUAACAAAAAUACAUUCCAAAAUCAAAGAGGCGCCGGCGUGGCACCACAGCCGGCAGGAUUCCCUCGACUCUCGACGGCGUGGCAAGAGGACCCGUGGAGGCAUUUCAAGGCGCAGGACGUGCAAAAGAAUCUCGACGACCUGAUUGCUUCUGUAUGUGCCGGCAAGCACAGCUGCAUGACGCAGCUUGGCCAUUCUUCCAAGCAGAAAAGUGCCAAGACGCCUUGGACCUCCAACGGCGCCGAUAGACCGACCCGAUGGGAAGCCGGCGAAGCCAAAGCCAAAAGCAGUCAAGAGCGGCUUCCGGGUGUACGGAAGAGCGGGGACGCUGGUGGGCUUCUGGCGCCGUACCUGCAAGACGUGCUCAGGCGGCUGCGAAGCUGGGACCAUCCCACCGGACAGACGGUGAAGUUGUUUGACGACGGCAUCAACGGCGCUCAUCAACUUCUUCAAGCGCGUCUUUUGGGCGCUGCAGAGCGUGACGCCGGGGCAGGAGCGGCCCGCGGACCUGGGGCUCCUGUCGUACGGGGAGAAGAACAAGAGGCGGCUGGACAGUGUCAACGACGUCCUCGGCACCUGCGAGCGCGUCGAGCAGCAGCUGGGCGCCAAGGUGAAGCAUACUUGUGCCCACCUCCGCAAGAGGGCAAUGGAGAUUGA